AUGUACCGUGGUCUUUCGCCCACCAAUUACGCCUUAAUCAUAAUUAAUAAUAUGAUUCAAUCUUAUUAUCUGAUCCAAAGUCGUUGCUCCAAUUGGCUCCGAUGGCGGCCGACCAGCGCUCAAGAGUUGGACAGAGCGGAGAAUAAAGUGCUAUCGUUCCUGAAGAACCCGUUCCGGUCGUAUCACGUGGACAUCGGGCGCGUCGGGGGUCUCGACAACAACAAGAUCUGGACACUGGAGAUGACACCAAAAGUACAACCGCUAAGACGCGGGCAAAACGCCAACCAAAUGGCCGCUAAUACCGCCGCAAACGCUCCGCCACUCGUUAUGAUACACGGGUUCGCCUCCGCUGUGGGCCUCUGGACACUGAAUCUGGACUCACUUCUGGAGACGAAUCGAAAGAUAUACGCUUUCGAUAUAUUGGGUUUCGGGAAGUCGUCGCGACCGGUGCUCAGCGCCGGCGACGCGUGCGAACUCGAUCUCGUGGACAGUAUCGAGAGGUGGCGCUCGCGAGUGGGUCUCGACCAGAAGUUUGUCCUAUUGGGCCACUCGUUCGGCGCCUAUUUGGCCGCCGCCUACGCCCUCCAACACCCGGAGCGGGUGUCGCACCUGAUUCUGGCCGACCCGUGGGGUAUGCCAUCGCAGCAAAUGAACCAAACACUCAAUCAGCACCGCAUACAACUGCCGAUGUGGGCCCGUAUGGUCUCCAAGAUUGUGCAACUGUUCACACCGUUGGCCGGUCUGCGAGCGGCCGGUCCGUGGGGUCCGGGACUCGUUCAAAAACUUCGGCCCGACAUUAAACGCAAGUUUGAACAGAUGGCCGGCGAGGGGAACGCCGAGUGCUUUCUGGAGUACAUCUAUCACUGCAACGCCCAACCGGUGCCCAGCGGUGAGAUGGCCUUUAAGUCGAUGGCCACUGGAUUCGGUUGGGCGAAGAACCCGAUGCUGGACCGCAUGCCAGAGUUGCAUCCGGCCAUUAACGUGACGUUCAUCUACGGCAGCAAGUCUUGGGUGGAUCGACAGCCGGGCUUCCAGACCAAGUAUAUCCUCGGCGAUCGCGUCAACGUGGAGGUGAUCCAGGGAUCUGGUCAUCACGUCUACGCAGACGAUGCCGAAGAGUUUAAUCGAUUGGUGGCAGAUGUUUGUCACGCGGAAGACCGGAGGCUAAACGCUCCGGCAGUCGAUAGCGAUGAGAGCGAUGAGGAACGGGUCCAGACAUUAACUGAUUGAUGACAUUUAGACCCUGAUGUUUGUGGUUUUGUACAGAAUUGUCAUCUCGAUUGUUUUUGACUAGACUUAUAAAUAAC